AUGCCUUCCUUACCUGCCUCAGUGCCUGUGCCUGCCUGCCUGCGUCGGUCUGUGCCUGCGUCUUCUACGCGGCAUGGCCUGGGCCGCUUGGCCUGGGCUGAGCCGACUGGGGCUGGUGAAAGCGACGUGGGGCCAUGUCAAGCGUACAGUGCCGAAGACAAGCGACAGCCGGGACGAGAGAAGGCACGCAGACCUCACAGAGAGACAAGAGGCGCCACAAUCUCCGUCCCCGGCUCGAUGACGAUGGAAACAGAAACUCUCCUACCGGCCGCCCUGCCAACAGUCUGUCUCGACCUUUCCGUCCGAGAUGAGCGGCUCGAUCAUGGAUGGUCUGGGACUGUCGAGGAAAAGGCUAAUAGACCUUCAAGGAGGCAGAUAUGGGGUAGUGCCGGGCCAACUCUAGAGACAAUGUCCGGCUGGAGCCGCAAACACUCUGAUCGUCAACUACCUCAGUCCUCCAACCACAAACUUGAGCCGACUGGAUGCGUUGCGAUGCUAUGCGGCGGGAUGCCAAGUUUAGACUCUCUCUUCGUCCCAACUCCUUUCACUUUUGUCGGUCGAUGUUGGAACAGGACAAGAACAGACCUGAUACUCCCGACUCCCGCACAUGGCGCCAAGAUGUAUACUCUCGACAAGCUAUCAGUAUCGACUGCGAAAACCUCAGGCCAUUCUGCAGCGAUGGUGUUGUACAGAAAGGCUCCAACCCCAAGUCUACGGAGUACAAGUAACCACUAUCGAGGCUAUCGAGUCUUGAGUCUUAUUAACAGAACCCUGUCCCUGCUCCUGCCCCCGUCUCUCUCCUUCGCCUUUGACCCAGCCGUCACCCCGGCACGCUGUUUCCUGUACGCCGUACUGUGCGUGGUCGCCGGUGAAUCUCUCAGGGAUUGUUUGGCCUGGCUGUGGCUCAACUUCUCUGCUGCCAUUUGCUUCCCAUCAACCAGUCUUGACCGAGAGGACGUGUACCACCACCACCACCACCACCACAAACCAAGAAACCAAGGUGGAAGCAAGAUCAGACCAGACUGCUUACUCCUCCCGUCCCGCCCCUGCUACGAGUCUCUCCCCGGACGGAACCUUGGCUUUCUCACCUUUCCUCACCUGUCCCUGCUCUCCUCCAGCGACUUCAUGUUUCAACCGUCGUCUGCUCUCGGCAUCUCGCACUGCGCGUCGUCGCGGCAUGGAUUGGCUCAGCAUAUCUGUCCAGGCGCAGGCGGAGGCGUGCCAGGCAUGGAGAUUAUGGAUAUGACAGGCAGGGUGGGGGGAGUGGGUGGAUGGCCAGGGCCGGUCAUCGCUGAUCUGUUCUGACUCUACCGGAAACCUCAACGUCCUUCCUCCCGCACCCAGAAACCCUCGAUACCGGAGGGGACGGACGCAACGGUAAUGGCUGGUAGCAGCCAUCGAUUAUUGCGGGAGAGAGAGGGGGAAAGAUGGAACAAGACAUACAGAAAGUGACAUUGUCUUAUUCCUCAUCCCACCUCCCAAUUGACAUUUGCCGUCUCUCGAAGGAAGCAAAAGCUGCCGUGCUCAUCCAGAGAUUCUGCCCAGUGGCCAAACACCCAUGCAUCCAUCUCACACAUGUUCUUCAUCCGUCCAAGGAAAACAAGAAGGGCAUGAACCAGAUGCAAUGCAAACCAAGCCCCGGGCAAGACCAGACCUGGAGUCAACCACCCGCAUCUU